GUGGCUAAUGGUGACUUGGCCACAGUAACAAUCUAUGCACGAAGGGGAAAUGGCGUCGAAUCGUUCAAAGCUAGCCAGUUUGAUCUUAGAUGAUGGUUCUGUAUACAAAGGGAAGCUGUUUGGAUCAGCUAAGUGCGUUGCUGGUGAAGUUGUGUUUCAGACUGGUAUGGUUGGAUAUCCACAAUCCCUCACAGAUCCAUCAUACAGAUGUCAAAUUCUUACUCUCACCUACCCACUGAUUGGAAACUAUGGAGUCCCAGAUGGAAAGAAGGACUCGUAUGGUUUAACAGCUGAGCUUGAGUCAGAUAAAAUCUGGGCAGCGGCACUGGUUGUUGGUGACUAUGUGGAAGAGUACAGUCACUGGAAUGCAAAGAAAUCACUUUCUCAAUGGCUAGAAGAAGAGGGGGUACCAGGAAUUAGUGGUAUUGACACAAGAGCGUUGACCAAAAAGAUAAGAGAAACAGGAUGUAUGUUAGGAAAAGUGGUGAUUGAAGAUGUUGAACCCGAGUCUGUACCAUUUGACGACCCAAAUCAGAGAAACUUAGUCGCAGAGGUUUCAUCAAAGGCACCAGUUGUUUAUAACCCAGAUGGUGAUUUAAAGAUCAUUGCUGUAGAUUGUGGAAUAAAAUACAACCAGAUAAGGUGUCUCAUUGCCAGAGGAGCUGCUGUUAAAGUUGUUCCUUGGAAUUACAACUUCAAUGAUGAUGUAGAAAAAGGAGAGUGUGAUGGUGUGUUUCUAAGCAAUGGUCCUGGAGACCCCACUUUCACUACUGAUACUAUAAACAAUAUCAGAAAGUUUACUGAACGCACAAAUCUUAAACCUCUCUUUGGAAUUUGCUUUGGUCAUCAGCUCCUGGGAUUGGCUGUUGGAUGUAAAAGCUUCAAAAUGAAGUAUGGAAAUCGAGGUCACAAUAUUCCUUGCAUACAUCAUGGCACAGAUCGCUGUUUUAUCACCACACAGAACCACGGCUUUGCUAUUGACACCAACUCUCUGCCACCUGAGUGGUCAGUGUUGUUUACAAAUGCUAAUGACCAAACAAAUGAAGGGAUAAUUCAUAACAGCAAGCCAUUCUUCAGUGUGCAGUUUCACCCAGAACAUAUGGCUGGACCACAGGACUUAGAGUUGUUGUUUGACAUCUUUUUGUCCACAGUCAAGCAGUUCAAACAAACUGGAGAGCAAUCAGUAUCAGUUAAGGAAAAGAUUCAGCAGUCACUGAAAUUUGAGCCAUUAGUCUCCCCCAGUGAACACAGAUCCAAGAAAAUUUUGAUUUUAGGGUCUGGAGGUUUGUCUAUUGGACAAGCUGGAGAGUUUGAUUACUCAGGGUCACAGGCUAUUAAAGCUCUGAAAGAAGAAGGUAUCCAAACUGUUUUGGUGAAUCCUAACAUUGCUACAGUGCAGACAUCAAAAGGCCUUGCAGACAAAGUCUAUUUUCUGCCCAUUACAGCCAACUAUGUCACUCAGGUCAUUCAAAGUGAACACCCAGAUGGUAUCCUUUUGUCAUUUGGUGGUCAAACUGCUCUGAACUGUGGCAUUGAGCUUCAAGCAAGUGGUGUACUUGAGAAGUAUGGUGUCCAAACACUAGGGACUCCAGUUAGUUCUAUAGUUUGUACUGAAGACAGAAAGAUGUUUGCUGAGAAACUGGCAGAAAUUGGGGAGAGAGUUGCCCCAAGUGAAGCAGUGUAUUCUGUCAAGCAGGCUAUUGCUGCCGCUGAAAGACUUGGGUAUCCUGUGUUAGUGCGGGCAGCAUUUGCACUUGGUGGCUUGGGGUCAGGAUUUGCUCAGGACAGAGAAGAACUGGUUUCCCUUGUCAAUGCAACCUUUGCCCAUACCAAGCAAGUGAACCUGGACAAAUCAUUGAAAGGAUGGAAGGAGAUUGAAUAUGAGGUUGUCAGAGAUGCUUUUGACAACUGCAUCACAGUUUGUAACAUGGAGAAUGUUGAUCCACUUGGUAUCCACACUGGAGAGUCCAUUGUUGUUGCUCCAAGUCAGACACUUACCAAUUCAGAAUACAACAUGCUGCGCACUUGUGCUGUCAAGGUUAUCAGACAUCUUGGAGUUGUUGGAGAAUGUAACAUACAGUAUGCUCUUAAUCCAGAAUCUAAAGAGUAUUUCAUCAUUGAGGUAAAUGCACGGCUUUCUCGAAGUUCAGCUCUCGCAUCAAAGGCUACAGGCUAUCCCUUGGCAUAUGUUGCAGCAAAGUUAGCUCUGGGAAGACCCUUACCAGUGUUAAGGAACUCAGUCACCAACUCUACAACAGCUUGCUUUGAGCCUAGCCUGGAUUAUGUCGUCGUUAAAAUUCCCAGAUGGGACUUGGGCAAGUUCAGCAAGGUUAAUACAAAGAUUGGAAGCUCAAUGAAAAGUGUUGGAGAAGUAAUGGCUAUUGGACGACGGUUUGAAGAGGCCCUACAGAAAGCCCUAAGGAUGGUGGACGAGUCAAACCUGGGUUUUGAUUCUCAUGGCCAUACUGCAUCUGAUGAGGAAUUGAAGCAGCCUUCUGAUCAGCGUAUUCAUGUGCUUGCUGCUGCAUACAAGGAAGGGUACAGCAUAGAUAAGCUGUACGAGCUGACAAAGAUUGACAAGUGGUUUUUGAGCCGCAUGAAGUGCAUCAUGGAUUAUGCACUUUUGUUGAAAAAUUACAGAGAAAAGGCUGAGCCUGGUCAACCGUCAUCAACAUCUACACCCUUAAUGCACAGAGAGAAGGCAGCUGAAGUCUCAUAUGAGCAUUUACUUGGAGCUAAACAACUAGGAUUCUCUGAUAAGCAAAUUGCAAAGUGUAUUCACAACACUGAACUUGCCGUUCGCAAAGUUCGGCAGCAGUAUGGUCUUACUCCAUAUGUAAAGCAGAUUGACACCGUGGCUGCAGAGUACCCAGCCUUUACAAACUACCUGUAUCUGACUUACAAUGCAUGUGAAGAUGAUAUAGACUUUGAGAGUGGGGCCUGUAUGGUAAUUGGUUCUGGGGUGUACCGAAUCGGCAGCAGUGUGGAAUUUGAUUGGUGCGCUGUAGGCUGUAUCAGAGAACUUAGAAAGUUGAAGAAAAAGACCAUAAUGUUGAACUAUAAUCCAGAAACUGUCAGUACAGAUUAUGAUGAAUGUGAGAGACUGUACUUUGAUGAAAUCUCCUUUGAGAUUGUUAUGGACAUUUAUGAGAAAGAAAAUCCAGAGGGUAUUAUCCUAAGCAUGGGAGGACAAUUACCAAACAACAUUGCAAUGCAGCUUCACAGACAACAGGUUCGCAUCCUCGGCACCUCUCCUGAGAUGAUUGACAAUGCCGAGAAUCGUUUCAAGUUUUCCAGAAUGUUGGACAACAUUGGAAUUCUGCAGCCACAGUGGAAAGUUCUUACAACUUUAGAGGAUGCCAAAAAGUUCUGUGCCACAGUUGGGUAUCCCUGUCUUGUGCGACCAUCCUAUGUGCUCAGUGGUGCGGCCAUGAAUGUUGCAUUUUCUGAUCAUGAAAUGGUUACGUACCUUGGCAAUGCUCAGUCUGUAUCCAGUGAACACCCUGUUGUUAUUUCCAAAUUCAUUCAAAAUGCAAAGGAGAUAGAUGUCGAUGCAGUGGCUAGUGAUGGUGAGGUGGUUGUCAUGGCUGUAUCUGAACAUGUAGAAAAUGCUGGUGUCCAUUCUGGUGAUGCUACAAUGGUUUUACCUCCACAAGAUCUGAAUGAAGAGACACUCAAAAAGAUACGAAAGAUCUGCUUUGAUAUUGGACAAGCCUUAAUGGUCACAGGGCCUUUUAACAUGCAGCUGAUUGCUAAGGAUAAUGAACUGAAAGUAAUCGAAUGUAAUCUUCGUGUGUCCCGGUCCUUUCCUUUUGUAUCCAAGACUCUUGAUCACGACUUUAUCGCUAUGGCAACACGAGCAAUCUGUGGUGUACCUGUCGAGCCAGCUUUGGAUUGCACGGGAUAUGGCCGAGUUGGAGUGAAGGUACCUCAAUUUUCUUUCUCACGCCUGGCUGGGGCAGAUGCCAUGUUAGGCGUGGAGAUGUCUAGUACGGGAGAAGUGGCCUGUUUUGGCGAAAAUCGGUACGAAGCUUACCUCAAGGGUAUGCUUAGUACUGGGUUUAAGAUUCCUCAAGAGUGCAUCCUCCUAUCGAUUGGAAGCUUUAAGUCCAAGAAUGAGAUGUUACCAAGCAUUAAUACUUUGGUAGAAUUAGGAUUCAAGUUAUAUGCCAGUCCAGGGACAGCUGAUUUUUACACGGAGCAUGGGGUUAAGGUCAAAACAGUGGAUUGGCCAUUUGAGGAGGGAGGUAAUGGCGCCACAGAGCAGAGUAUUCUAGAUUACCUUGCACAGAACAAGUUUGAUUUGGUGAUCAACCUUCCGCUAAGGAGAACUGGCUCCAGGCGUGCGUCGUCUUAUAUAACACAUGGUUACCGCACCCGCAGAAUGGCUAUAGAUUAUUCCAUACCACUCAUCACAGACAUUAAGUGUGCUAAGCUCCUUAUUGAGGCUCUAAAGAGAAUCGGCGGAGCACCUAAACUGAAGACUCACAUUGAUUGCAUGUCAUCUGGCCGCGCAGUUCGUCUGCCUGGGUUGAUUGACGUACAUGUGCACCUGCGCGAGCCCGGGGCGACACAUAAGGAAGAUUACUCAUCUGGGACAGCAGCAGCUUUGGCUGGUGGUGUGACAAUGGUGUUAGCCAUGCCUAACACUAAUCCCGCUAUUGUUGAUGAAUCAGCGUUCAAUCUGAUUAGAAAGUUGGCCUCUGCUGGUGCUCGAUGUGAUUAUGGUAUAUACUUGGGUGCCAGUGCUGAUAACUACACGACAGUGAAGGAUUUGGCCCACCUGUCUGCCGGUCUAAAAAUGUACCUCAAUGAAACGUUUACUACUCUGAGACUUGACGAUAUGUCAACAUGGAUGAAGCAUCUUGAGCAUUGGCCAAAACAUAUACCACUGGUGUGCCACGCCGAGGGACGCACAACUGCUGCCAUCCUUUUGCUAGCAGAGCUUGCUGAUAGACCAGUUCAUAUAGCUCAUGUGGCAAGGAAAGAAGAGGUGCUUGUGAUUCGAGCUGCGAAAGAGAGAGGAAUCCAAGUCACGUGUGAAGUAUCGCCUCAUCACUUGUUCCUGACAGAAGAUGACGCGGAUAGGAUUGGCAUCAAGAGAGUUGGGGUCAAGCCUCCUCUUGUAACGGCUGAAGAUCAGAAGGCACUCUGGGAUAAUAUGGACAUCAUCGAUUGCUUUGCUACAGAUCAUGCACCACAUACACUGGAAGAGAAAGAUUCUGAUAAGCCGCCGCCUGGCUUUCCUGGACUGGAAACCAUGCUGCCUCUGCUGUUAACUGCAGUGCACCAAGAAAGAUUAACGAUUGAAGACAUUAUUCUUCGACUGUGCACGAAUCCACGAAAAAUCUUCAGCCUUCCCGAGCAGAAAGAUACAUACGUUGAGGUCGAAAUUGGAGAGGAAUGGACUAUUCCGUCCGCUAUGACUUACUCUAAAGCGCAGUGGACGCCAUUCGCCGGAAUGAAAGUCAAUGGCUGUGUUAGAAGAGUUGUGCUGAGGGGUGAAACUGUGGUUAUUGACGGAAAGGUCCUGGCGGUCCCUGGAGCUGGACAAGAUGUGCGCAUGAUCAGUUCAUUGCCAGCUGCGCCACCCGUCUACCAAUUGCAACCGCAGCCUCAGAUACCGCCCCCCAGUCCCAGGAAGGUGUCAGACACCCGCUGGGGCUUUCCACCGGCUGUACAUCGGUUUGUUGAUACGCAUUAUGGCGGACCAGAACCUCUCAGCGUGUCUUUAGGAGAUGGGACCCCAGAGUCUGCACCGCAUUCUGUCCAUACCCCUCCACACCCAGUGUCGCCAGGUGUACAUUCACAUGUCCCAAUGACCCUUCCCCAUGUACCUUCCCAUGUGAUCUGGGGUCAACACAUUUUGAGCGCCAGUAAAUUCACCAGAGAGCAGCUCCAUUUCCUGUUCAACGUGGCUCAUCAGAUGCGGCUGGUCGUUCAGAGAGAAGGUGUACUGGAUUUGCUUAAGGGUAGGGUGAUGGCAUCGUUGUUUUACGAAGUCAGUACACGGACGUCAUCAUCGUUUGCUGCCGCCAUGCAGAGACUGGGUGGAUCUGUUAUCUUUAUGAAGGAACAAGAUUCAUCGGCCAAGAAGGGAGAAAGUCUAGCAGACUCCGUACAAGUGAUGUCAUCUUACUGUGAUGUAGUAGUGAUACGACACCCUGAGCCCGGAGCAGUACAGAAAGCCGCCGAACACUGCCGCAAGCCAGUCAUAAAUGCGGGCGAUGGAGUUGGAGAACACCCGACCCAGGCCCUAUUGGAUGUGUUUACCAUCCGUGAGGAGAUUGGUACUGUAAACCGUCUGACGGUGACCAUGGUCGGAGACCUGAAGAACGGCCGUACUGUUCACUCAUUGGCCAAACUGCUUUGCCUCUAUGACGUCACGCUCCGUUAUGUUUCACCUGCGGCACUUUCAAUGCCUGAAUCCGUCAAGGAAUAUGUCCGGAGGAAAGGAAUACAUCAGGAAGAAUUUUCAAGUCUUACGGAUGCGCUUCCUGACACAGAUGUUCUGUACGUGACAAGAAUUCAACGGGAACGAUUUGAAAGCCAAGAAGAGUACGAAAAGGUAUUUGGAAGCUAUGUCAUCACACCACAGAUUCUAACAGAAGCCAAGGAGAAGAUGGUUGUUAUGCAUCCUUUGCCUCGUGUAAAUGAAAUCAGCGUGGAGGUCGAUUCUGAUCCUAGAGCCGCUUAUUUCCGUCAGGCUGAGUACGGCAUGUAUAUCAGAAUGGCUCUUCUCGCCUUGGUUUUGGUAAAGAGCUAAUGGAUUGCUGCUGGUAUACUGAGGUCCUCUUUCAUUAUUACUGAACCUCUUUUCCUCUGAAGUCUCGGUAAAACUGCUUCUAUGGCUUCGGAAGCUUGGGAAAUUAGCCUUAUUUGUUGAAGUUUGUCAUCAUCAAUCCGUUUAAUCUUGUCCAUCCCAAGUCAUCCUUGUUCCUUGAAAGUUUAUUAUUCUUUAUAUAUCUUUUCUCUCUCUUUCCCUUUUUUUUUUUCUUCUUUUUUUCAUCUUCAUCGAUAUUCGUGGUCUUCUUCCAACUGAAGGGUGUUUUGCACGUCGGAAAACGUGACUUGAUAAGUAACGCAACGUAACGUAACAACAUAAACAUGUAACGGUUAGACAUUAGCAGACAAUAGGUCUUAAAUUAAGUAUAAAGAUAAUUUGUUUGGGUAGGCAGACGAUAGAGAAGGAAGGAUAAACCGAAUUAAAAUGGUUUAUAAUGGAAAGCUUGACUAAAAACAUGGUUUUAGAUCAUAAACAAAGGAUGGAAAACAUGAAAAGAGACUUUUAGUCACAAACGAGAUAGAUAAUGCCUUUAGAUAUUGUUCCUGUUAGUUACCCAUAGUGUUCCAACUACAAUAAUUCUCCUUCGAAUCGGAGCGGUAAAAGUUAGCAGUGUUCGCAAAUUUCGACAAUAUGGAGCCUUCAGAGGUGGAACCUUAAAAAACAGUUUCUCUUUGAAGGCUAAACACACUGAUAUUUGUAAGUGGCAGAUUAGUUUUAUUUGUAACAAACUCAACUUUCGUUAAAUAUUUGACACGAUUUGAAUAACUUGGAUCCGACUAUUUUUGGUGCAGAAUUUAGACAGCGAGAGAAGAGAUUUUGUAAAAUCAUUGAGCUGCUUAGUUUCAGACUCUUGUAACUUUCGGACUGUACAAUCAAUGUUAAUCAUCGUAAAAAUGAAGAACAUAUAGGAAAUUUACUAUAACCAUUUGACAGAAUGGCGCAGUUUUUGUUGUUGUUUAAUCAAUGUUCGUCGGUUGAUGGUCAUCGAGUGACUGUGGAUAGACAGUUAGCCUGAAAGGAUGGAGCAAUUUUGUGUUCGUAGUAGGAAUAAUUAUUGUCUAAAUACCCUAUUAGCGUGGGACGUUUAAAGAUUGGUCUAUGAAGAAAAUGUUCAGUUCUCAUAGUCAAUAAAGCAAUUGAUUUGUA